AUGGGGGUUACCCGACACACGGCGAAGGCCAAGGCCAAAACCGGGGCGAGCAAGGCCAAGGCCAAGGCUAAGCCCACGGCAGCGAAGAAGGCAAAGGACCCUGUCAAGGGCAAACUCAGCAACCUGGUAACACAAUGCAAGAAUGCAGUGAAGAAGUUGGAGGAUCACGACAGCGGCAAAGCAACUCUCAGCGAAGAGGAAGUCGGCAAGCUCAGAAGCAAGAAGAAAUUCUACGACGACUAUUGCCAAUUGCCUCGGAAUGCCACCGAGCAAAGGAUGCAAAUGCUCUCCUCCUGGGAGCAAGACAAGACAGGGAAGAUGUGGGCCGAGAAGAUCCAGUCCCUGGAGAGCGACAAGGCGACCACCGCCAGCAAGGUGGGUGGGUUCUUGUCUCGUUGGGAGAUCGCCGACCAGGAGAACCUGAACCUUCAGAUCCCCGAGCAGAAGAAGCUUUGGGAGUCCAUCCUCGAGGAAAUCCCCUGGGAUGAGGAAUGGAACCAAGAGGAUAAUCGUGAGCGAGCCCUUGCGAAAGCCGGGGAACGUCGCUACCACUACGGCAAAACCAAGAUGACAACGACAACGGACACAGUUCGUCACAAAGAGACGAUGCAGGCCGGGUACAACCUGAACGACAAGGAGAAGAAGCAGGCCCUGCAGGACAGCCCCAAUCAGCCUUCAAUCGAGGUCCGGGAUCCCCUUUUGGUUGCCUUGAGGCAAGAGCUGCAGACCAUGAACCCCGGGAAAAAGGCUGUCGAGAGAAACCUGAGCACGAUCAAGGACUUUGCAAAGCUCGAUGCCCUGGACGUCGGGAGCGAGGAGUCGGUCCAGCAGGCCAAGGACAUUAACACGCAGGCAGGUGUGCACGUGGAUGCUGCUGGCAGAGUCAUCAAGAAGUUGAAGACGAUGAACGAGUGA